CUGCGUAUCGCGUCGUCUGUCACAAACUAGCGCUUACGGUCAUAAAAUCACUGCAGUAAAUGUUCCGUCGCAAUCGAUAUUUACUGCUGGAAAAGUUGAAAAAUUUCUCCCAAAUUGGAUUUCAGUGACACAAAUGGAGGAUACUCUUGCUAGUACGCGCGCAAUGGAUGAACCUCGAACGCACACACUGGAAGUGGAGAAACUUAUCAUGGAAACAAUUCUGGGAGACACAGCCCCGGAAGAAGAACCUGCCAAUGAAGCGUCAACAGAUCAUACGACUGAAACUCAAGGAGGGGAAGAAGAAGGGGAAUCAAAAGAGCCACGCGUCUACACCAACGAGUUCGCCCUCUGCAAACUAUCGUUCCACGGUCAGAAGCGCGAAAUACCAGCGGAGAACGUUGUCAUCCGGUCGACAUCCGUGGAGGAAUUUGUAGACCAAAUUUUCACACUGGUAAAGCCCCACCUCCAGCGGGGGGUUUACUUUCCGGAACCGGACCGACCGUGCUGGUUCGAGAAUGAGCUCCCCACCAAGGAAGACUUCGGCGCGUUCAUCCAGUUCAAGGACACCAUCCAGAAGCGCACGUGGCGCUUGGAGAACGUGGACGAGUACAUGCUGCUGCGAUGGUCCAAGCGCUUAAUCUACCUCCAGGUGUACGCCAACUCGACCAACAUCCAUUCCAGAGCCAUGUGGGAUCUAGUUCAGAUGGAGCUGUUUGGGGUACAGCCAGAGUCCAAAAAAGCCACCGUUUCCAAAGAGCUUCAGGACGAGCAGCGGUUACAGUCCACCAUCAAGAAGCUCCAAAAAUUCCACCAAUCUUACCUGGUGCCUCGAACGGACGAUGCGUUCGAACUAUGGGCCCGACUCGUCAUGCAGCAACCGUCCAAACUUAAGCGGGACAUCUGCUUCGACAGUCCUCCGAAGGAGCUUCUGGCGAACUUUGUCGUUGUCGGGAAGGAAAACCCCAAAAAGCGAAGCUGUACCAUUUCUGGGCCAGCACAGCGGAAACACGUAGAGGAUGGAUUCGGAUUCGAGGAUGAGGUAUUAGCCCUGAGGCACACGGUGUCCCAAAUCAAGGAUCUGGUAGAAAUGUUGGACAAGCGAGUAGAAUUGUUGGAGGCAAAAAGUCGUGGGUUCAGGCAAACCGAAGAUGGAGUGCCCAUCAAGAAAAGAAAGCAAGCCACGGUAGAAGACAGUGAGGAGGUAGACGAGGGUGGCCAAGAGAUGGGACAGGAAAAUGGGGAGCCACCGAUUGAUGUGGCGUCGCCGUUGUUGAAGGUCGAAGACAAUUUCGACGAUCCCGAUCCGUUGAUAUUUGAAGAUAUGAUCGUGAAGGAGGAGUACGAUGAAAUUGAGUCUGAUGGUUAGUGUUAAGGAAUGUGGAUUAAGUUAUGUUAAUAAAUUAAAAUGAUAUCUAGUAAGAAAUUUCAAAUGUUUGUAUGAGCUAAAACGCCCUAGCAUCAUAUUAUACACCUUCAUCCCUUCCAGCAUUGCGUAAUUUGUAGACGGAGCAUAAGUUGAGCACAAUUUAUGAGUAUUUAUAGGAUGUUUUGCUCGACCAUGAGUACGCUAGAAUCAAUUGCAUGUAAUCUACAGAGAUACGCCGAAAGGUAUCUCUUGUAAGUAGCAGAGAAACACGCGUUUUACGACGGUAGAACUAUUUUAUUAAGAUAAAGUGACAGCUUGAUGAUAGGUUUGGAACUUACCGAGUGAUGCUUUCAGGAGUCGCUCUCACACCUCUCACGCGCGUCGUUUUUGGAUUCAUUAUACAUUGUGGUCGUUACCACAAGAUGGCGACGAGAAUGUAGAAUCCCAAUAAAAAGUUCCAAAAUUUCUUAGGUGCAGAAAAAGAAUAAAUAGAGUGUUGGAAGAAAUUGUUUUCAAUUAUGCGCUGUGUGUAAUUGAUGGUGUACGGAAAAGGUGAAAAAGUGAACGAAUCCGCCACGCAGUGGAGAUAAGAACGGGUGCUUAUUGUUUUAUUUCUCCCUUCGUUGUGCUGCAUCGCCGCUGCUCGCUUUGUGCGAAUGUCGCAUUCAAGGUCGAAUGUGAGGGAAAGUGAUCACGUAUCUUGCAUGUUAGUAGAGCCACAUGAUAAAGAUCAUGUGAUUUGUUUGAUUAGUGUUCAUUGCAAUGUGUUGAUGUAGUUGCCAGGUUUGUUCAUGGGCUGUUAUUUAAGGUAAGUUUGUAUUUAGUGCUGAGAGGUAUUGACUAUCAUUGUUUAUCAUUUUAUUUUUGUUUUGACUCUAUCGAUCAUGAUACUCAUAUAUGAAGGGAGUAUGUAGAAGAUAGUUUUCAAAUAUGAUGAGUUGAAUAUGUGGAUUGAGUUCGUAAGAGCCAAUUUCAAAUGUGGUAAAAGCAUACCAUCGGAGAAGCAAUAAGCAUUAAAAUGUUCUGUACUUUGCCUAACUUCUGUAAUAAAAAAGGGUUAGAGGCUCUAACUUAGAGCACAGCUGUGGACUUCACAACCUGCUCAGAUCGGAAGAAUUAUAAACGCUGUUGCAUUCCUGUUGCAAUUGAUAAUUUGGUCUCUUUCCGUUUGGAUUCAUGAUCGUUAUAAUAAAUACAAACGAGUUAUUGACCUUCUAUUUUUAUUUGUAUUAUUUGGCAGUUGUCAUAGCACCGACCGCACCACAACUGUUUUCGCGUAAAGCAAACGGGACAGGAUUUUCAUUUUCGUUAUUCCAAUAAUAGAUAAAAAUGAUGAUGAAUUACGUAAGGCAGACUUAUGAAAAAUGAUGCAGACUGGAAGGGAUUUAAGAACGUUGUGCUCACUGAACACGUGACUAAGGCUGAAGUUCGCUUGAGAACUUCAUGUUGCUGAUUAUGUAUGAACAAUAAUCUGCGUUGCAAUACUUAUGCUAGCUAAUGGAAUCCAAUCUUUAUCGUUUUAAAUA